UUUCCUGUACUCUGCUCCAGCUUCUUCCCCUUUUCAUCUAAAACCCCUGUGCUUACUCUUCAAAGUGAGAUAUCGGAGAAGCUACUUUAUCAGAGGCAAUGCAGAGGGUAUUCGCAUGCAGAACCAGGCCUUCAAGAAAUAUCUUAAAGUCUUUCACCUCUGCUCUCAACUUGUCAAGAUCUAGUCAUUCUUUACCUUUUGCAACAGUCGACGUUGAGGAGAUAUCACAGUCUCAACCUGCUAAAGUACUGAACCUAGUGCAGGGUAAAUGGACGGGAUCUUCAAAUUGGAAUACGAUUUUGGAUCCUUUGAAUGGUGAAUCAUUUAUUAAGAUCGCAGAAGUAGAUGAAACUGAAAUUAAGCCAUUUGUGGAGAGCUUGUCUAAAUGCUCAAAACAUGGUUUACACAAUCCCUUCAAAUCACCAGAAAGGUAUCUUUUAUAUGGAGAUAUAACUGCAAAGGCAGCCCGAAUGCUUUCUUUGCCAAAGGUGUCUGAUUUCUUCUCAAGAUUAAUACAGAGGGUAGCCCCAAAAAGUUACCAGCAGGCUUUUGGUGAAGUUUAUGUAACACAAAAAUUUCUUGAGAAUUUUUCCGGUGACCAGGUCCGUUUCUUGGCACGCUCAUUUUCUGUACCUGGAAAUCAUCUCGGACAACAAAGUCAUGGUUACCGUUGGCCCUAUGGUCCUGUUGCAAUUGUUACUCCCUUUAAUUUCCCACUGGAGAUUCCUGUCCUUCAGUUGAUGGGUGCACUUUAUAUGGGCAACAAGCCUCUUCUCAAAGUUGACAGUAAGGUGAGCAUUGUUAUGGAGCAAAUGAUGAGAUUGCUUCAUUAUUGUGGCUUACCCAUGGAAGAUGUUGAUUACAUAAAUUCUGAUGGGAAGACAAUGAACAAACUACUAUUGGAGGCAAAUCCACAGAUGACCCUUUUCACUGGUAGCUCAAGGGUUGCAGAAAAAUUGGCUGUUGACCUAAAGGGUCGCAUUAAACUAGAAGAUGCCGGAUUUGAUUGGAAAAUCCUUGGUCCUGAUGUUCAGGAGGUGGAUUAUGUUGCAUGGGUAUGUGAUCAGGACGCAUAUGCAUGCAGUGGUCAGAAAUGUUCUGCCCAAUCAAUAUUAUUCAUGCAUGAGAAUUGGUCAAAAACUACCCUUUUACCAAAAUUGAAGGAUCUUGCAGAAAGAAGAAAAUUGGAAGAUUUAACAAUUGGUCCUGUUCUUACCUUUACUACUGGAGCAAUGUUGGAACACGCAGAAAAAUUACUUGACAUACCGGGUUCAAAGCUACUAUUUGGAGGCAAGCCUUUGGAGAACCAUUCUAUUCCUUCUAUCUACGGUGCUAUUAAACCUACAGCUGUUUACAUUCCUCUUGAAGAAAUUUUGAAGGUUAACAACUAUGAGCUUGUUAUGAAAGAAAUUUUUGGACCAUUCCAGAUUAUAACCGAGUAUAAAGAUGAUCAACUCCCAAUGGUGUUGGAUGCCUUAGAAAGGAUGCAUGCGCAUUUAACUGCUGCUGUGGUGUCAAAUGAUCCCAUCUUUUUGCAGGAAGUUAUAGGGAAAUCGGUGAAUGGCACAACUUAUGCUGGACUGAGAGCAAGAACGACUGGAGCUCCACAAAAUCACUGGUUUGGACCAGCUGGUGACCCUAGAGGUGCUGGAAUAGGAACCCCGGAGGCAAUAAAGGUUGUAUGGUCUUGCCAUAGAGAAAUCAUAUAUGAUUAUGGUCCUCUGCCAAGAAACUGGGAGAUUCCACCUUCUACAUGAAGAGAGAAAGAUUAAGCAGAAAAGUUAUCCGAGACAGAGAAGUAGCUGGUAGGAGAUGUACUUUAGGGUAUACUCUAGAUAGCAGCUUCUUGUCCUUCGGUUCUCCAUUGCCAAGAAUAAAAUGGAGUUGUUUUUAAGUUAGCAAAUUAUAGGGGUUCAGAUCUUUGUUUUUAGAUUCUUUUGAAUAAAUAGGGAUUUUUAAAUUAAAUGUGGAAUGGAAACCAUACAAUUUGAUGGUAUGUGCA